GGCCGCCUCAGCGAUCGUGCCCGCCGGGCUUCGCACCCCGCGGGGGAGCGGGCGGGGGUCGGGCCGGGCUGUCCUGUCACGGCGUCGCACACCCACCUGGUCGGCCAGGGCUGGGGCACCGCACCGGCGACUCAGGGUGAGGCCGCACCUCGAAUCCUGGGGGCAGUUUUGGGCCCCUCAGGACAAGCAAGUUGAGAGAAGGGAAUGGAGCUGCUCCCAAUGGUGCCUGCCUCCAAAAAGACCCCCCAGGCAGGAGCCAGCCCCCUGCUGCGGCUCCUCAGACCACCCAGCACCGAGGGGACCCUGUGGCACCAUCACCGUCUCCCAGGCCAGCUCUGGUGCCAACCACCUGCACAAAUGGCAGCCGUGAGCAAGGCUGGCGACAAUGGCGUCCACCGGCGAGCUGUCCUGAUGUCCCUGUAAAUUCAUCCUGGAACUUAAUUUGAGGAUCUACUGAAUCCAAAGCUUCCUUCUGCUCUUCCUCUUCCCAUAACUUCCCUCAAGAUGGCAUCUGAUAGCCCCGAGACGCUAAUGGCCUUGUGCACGGAUUACUGCCUUCGCAACUUGGAGGGGACUCUCUGCUACCUGCUGGACAAUGAAACUCUCCGGCUCCAUCCCGACAUCUUCUUGCCAAGCGAGAUUUGUGACAAACUUGUCAACGAGUACGUGGAGCUGGUGAAGACAGACAGCAUCUUUGAACCCCAUGAAAGCUUCUUCACCCUGUUCUCAGAUCCCCGGAGCACCAGGCUGGCUCGGAUCCACUUGCGGGAGCAAAUUGUGCAGGACCAGGACCUGGAAGCCAUCAGGAAGCAGGAUCUUGUUGAGCUCUACUUGACUAACUGUGAGAAGCUGACAGCCAAGAGUCUGCAAACCUUGGUGAGCUUCAGCCACACGCUUAUCUCCCUGAGCCUCUUUGGCUGCUGCAAUAUCUUCUAUGAGGAGGAGAACCCCGGAGGCUGCGAAGACGACUGUUUGGUGAACCCCACGCGCCAAGUCUUGGUCAAGGACUUUACUUUUGAAGGCUUCAGCCGCUUGCGCUUCCUGAACCUGGGCCGCUUGAUUGAAGGGGUAAAUGUGGAGACGUUGCUUCGGCCUUUGGCCUCCCUUGCAGCUCUUGAUCUCUCUGGGAUCCAGCUGAACGAUGUGGGAUUUCUGACCCAGUGGAAGGACAGUCUAGUUUCCUUAGUGCUUUACAACAUGGACCUUUCAGAGGAGCACAUCCAAGUGAUCGCAGAGCUUCGCAAGCUCAGGCACUUGGAUAUCUCCCGAGACCAUCUGUCCAGUUAUUACAAAUUCAAGCUGACCCGGCGGGUUCUAAACCUGUUUGUGGAAAACUUGGUAAACCUCACGUCGCUCGAUAUCUCAGGGCACACCAUGCUGGAGAACUGCACUAUCCCAAGCAUGGAGGAGAAGAUGGGCCAGACGAGCAUUGAGCCAGCAAAGAGCAGCAUCGCUCCGUUCCGGGGUCUGAAACGACCGCUCCAGUUCUUGGGCCUCUUUGAAACAUCUCUCUGCCGUCUGACACAUAUUCCAGCCUACAAGGUGAGUGGAGACAAGAAUGAAGAGCAAGUCCUGAAUGCUAUUGAGGCUUACACCGAACACCGGCCAGAAAUCACUUCCCGGGCCAUCAACCUCCUUUUCGACAUCGCCCGUAUCGAACGCUGCAGCCAGCUGCUGCGAGCCCUUCAGCUGGUGAUCACAGCCCUCAAGUGCCACAAGGAUGACAAAAACAUCCAGGUGACGGGCAGUGCAGCCCUGUUCUACUUGACCAACUCCGAAUACCGCAUGGAGCAGAGCGUAAAGCUGCGGCGCCAGGUCAUCCAGGUGGUGCUGAACGGCAUGGAGUCCUACCAGGAAGUCACGGUGCAGCGAAACUGCUGCCUGACACUGUGUAACUUCAGCAUUCCUGAGGAGCUGGAGUUCCAGUACCGCCGAGUCAAUGAGCUGCUGCUGAACAUCCUCAACCAGAGCCGGCAGGAUGAGUCUAUCCAGCGCAUCGCUGUGCACCUCUGUAACGCUCUGGUGUGCCAGGUGGACAACGAUCAUAAAGAAGCUGUGGGCAAGAUGGGGUUUGUCAUGACAAUGCUGAAGUUGAUUCAGAAGAAGUUGGCUGAUAAAACGUGUGAUCAGGUGAUGGAGUUCUCCUGGAGCGCACUCUGGAACAUCACUGAUGAGACGCCUGAUAACUGUGAGAUGUUCCUCAACUACAGCGGCAUGAAACUGUUCUUGGAGUGCUUGAAAGAGUUCCCAGAGAAGCAGGAGCUGCAUCGCAACAUGCUGGGCCUCCUGGGCAACGUAGCAGAGGUGAAGGAGCUGCGCCCGCAGCUCAUGACCUCCCAGUUCAUCAGUGUGUUCAGCAACCUGCUGGAGAGCAAAGCAGAUGGGAUUGAGGUGUCCUAUAAUGCCUGUGGUGUGCUCUCCCAUAUCAUGUUUGAUGGUCCAGAGGCUUGGGGUAUAUGUGAGCCCCACCGAGAGGAAGUUGUAAAGAGGAUGUGGGCAGCCAUCCAGAGCUGGGAUAUCAACUCCAGGAGAAAUAUUAACUACAGGUCAUUUGAACCAAUCCUUCGACUUCUUCCACAAGGGAUCUCCCCAGUCAGCCAGCACUGGGCUACCUGGGCCCUGUAUAACCUGGUCUCCGUCUACCCUGACAAGUACUGCCCACUGCUGAUCAAAGAAGGUGGGAUUCCCCUUCUGAAGGACAUGAUUAAAAUGGCCUCAGCACGGCAAGAGACCAAGGAAAUGGCCCGGAAAGUUAUAGAGCACUGCAGUAACUUUAAGGAGGAGAACAUGGACACUUCCAGAUAGAGGCACUGAGCUCGUGCCUCGAGCCAGCACUGCAUCCAGCUUCUCUGAUUCACUGUACAUAGCGAGGACUCUUUCUUACCAACUCGCCUGUUGGAAGGAAACUUCAUGUGUGUGUGUGAGACCCUCAGUAGAUGAAGGUGAACAGGGGAGGGGGAGGGACCUUUUGCACAACAAAAUGCUUUCCUUAAAUUAGUGGACUUUUUUGUUAUGAAGUUUCAGGUUGAAGUUCUGUGUGUAUGAUUUCUGUAUAAAAAGAAAACGACAAAGACAACUACAUUAUGUAUCUUUUAACCUUUUUGUUUUUGACCACACAGAGAGCCUCAAAUGAUCAUGAGCUUGAAGACCUAUUUGUGUGACCGCUAGUGUGACAUUUUUAUUUCCCACUUUUUAGAAAAUACCCUUUUGCUGUAUUGCAUGAGGUCCUGUAAUGUCUGCAAGAACACCAGUCCUGAAUCGGUAUUGGCUGCUCAAUGGGGUUUUAGGCAGCAAUGAGUUAUUUAUUUGGCUAGAGAGGUUGGGGGACACAAUACCAGGGAGUUAGACCAAAAGAACCAACCUUUUUAGUGAUAUUUGUAAAUUGAGAAAAUGGGGAAGAAAGAUCUUUCCAGUCAAUUCACUCCCUUAAGUAUUUUUUUAUAGAAGACUCACGUUAACGGAACCAUUGCUAACUGUGUAUGAGUCAUUUGGAAGUAAGACAUUCCCAUUAAAAAUCAAGAGGUCUGUUUUGUCCCCCUUCUGCCAGCCCACCCAGCCUCAUAAGGCCAGGGAUGACCAGUAAAACCAGUUACACAUCCUUGGCAACACAGGGCUUUUCUCUCUAAGGGAGCCUGUGCAACGAGGAACAGGGUUUGUUCGCAAAGGGCUACACACCUUCAUUCUAGUCCUUCACGACCUUUUUAGUUGCGUUCAGCUUUAUGGGGAAGGGCUACAAAUGCCAGAGAGCGUCUUUCCCCUCUGCAUAAUAAGCUCUACCAGGCCGCAGCCCAGAGCGGCUUGUCGCGCUUGUGCGGGUCCCGCUAACGGGCUGGAGCUGUCCUGCUCUGUUUUCAGUCUGCAUCAGCACAAGCCACGCUCGGUGGCAAACUAAUCUCCCUGCGUAGGAACCCCGCUGCAGCACAGAUGCUGUAAUCGGAGGUGCUAAACUCCUCUCCUGACACUCGGGGGGUCUCCAGGCACUUUUCGGAAGGUGAUGCCCUGCAUUAGCACCUCUUGUUCUACCCCAGCAUCUUCCCCCUGUUCUGGGAAGCAGAAGGCCCUGUUCUUAUCUGACUGCCACAAGCACUCACCCGAGCAGUCCUGCUGGUGUCAGCAGCUCGACUCCGAUGUAUACUAUGUCGGUGACAGCGUAACUCAAAUGUAUAUGAUGUCGGUGAAAGGAGGGUCCCGCUAAGGUGCUCUUCACUUCUAAGACUCUUCACCUGUAAAGACGCAAGAAGCCAAAAGCCAAGGUUUGCCCCACAGCCGCGCACUCACCAGCAGCGUCCCGUCCAUGCUUGGAGCCCUCGCAGUUCUUUCAAAUUCACAAAUCAUCCCUUAGAAGGGAUUUUUAAAAGUAUUUUAUGUAAUAGGAGACGCUGGCCACGUGAGUUGGACAUUUCAGGCCUCUGAGCACAGCCUCGCUGCUCUUCCCUUGUACGUGUUGCUCCCGGAUUUGACUCGCUGCUAUGGUUCUUCUGGGUUCUUCUGAUGCUCAGAGUUAAUGUUCUCGCUGCUGAGCACAUUAUAGAUAGAUCCUGGAUACACAAACUGACACUUUAAAUGACAGAACACAGCUGCCCUCGAGAGGUUUUUACCUUUUCUGCCAAUAUGGUGUUAUUCAAUGUCUUUUUAUUUUUUCUUUUUAACCAUAUGUCAUUUGUUUUGAUAUUGUGAGAUCUGUACUUUUUUCUUUAAGUAUUUUUCAAACUUAUAUAUAUUUUUGUGUCACUUUUGAAUUGUUUUCAUAUGGUUCGCAAAAACUUGACAAAUUAUACUUUUUUGCAGUCGUUUGAUUGAAA